UGUCGUGAAUGGCUUACUGGACUUUGUUCCUGCGGUGGCGGUUUGAUAAAAAUCGUUGUUAUAAGAUCUAGACAACUAGACAUCGCGGGAUUUUUCUAUCCUUUGUCACGUUCAGAACAGAAAUAUGCACUUUGAUUAAUCGAUUUUUUUAAUUCAGUGAUAUUUCAGGUUUUAUAAUUUUGAAAUAUACAUAUUCUUUAUUUAUAGAGAUAUGAAGACAAUAUCAUACAAGUUUACUACACAAAGGGAUCAGUUUUAUGACACUAAUGAAACAUUAAGGAGAUGAUAAUAUUUUUCAUCUACCAAAAAAAAUGAUUAAUAAAGAAAGUAUUGUAUCGACAUCUUCAUUAUUAAGCAUAAAUCAAUAUGCGGAGACAGCGGAUGGCCCAACUGAUAACUUGUAUCUUGCACUGAUACAAUGCUUCGGCAUUAUAUUAUGUGGAUAUAUAGCGGGAAGAUUUGGUAUGAUAACAAAGACCGGAGCAAAUGGUCUGAAUACUUUUGUUGGCACCUUUGCUUUGCCAUCUUUAAUUUUUUUGUCUCUGGCAAAGCUUCACUUUACACUAGUUAAUUGGAAAUUUCUUCUUGCUGUAUUGCUUGCCAAGAGUUGUGUCUUUAUUACUGUACUUGUAGUUUCAUUAGUAAUUCAAAAGCCAUCAAAUCCUGGGCGCGCCGCGCUUUUUGCAAUAUUCACCACUCAGAGCAAUGAUUUUGCUAUUGGAUACCCAAUGAUUUAUGCCCUCUAUGGAAGAACACAUCCAGAAUAUGCUACUUAUUUAUAUCUGAUGGCUCCCAUAUCAUUGGCGAUUUUAAACCCAAUUGGUUUUGUAUUACUGGAGAUAGGCAAGCGACGUAGGGAGGAGCACACAAAUUGUAAAGACAUGGUUUAUUCGAUUGUGAAGGGUGUCGUGCUGAAUCCUGUACUUUUCAUGACAGUCUUGGGCAUUAUAGGAAAUUUUAUCUUUAAUCAUAAUGUACCGCGUUUGCUUGCCACAAUUCUCGAGGUGUUCGGUAAUGCUUUUUCCGCUAGCGCAUUGUUCCUCCUCGGUAUAAUGAUGGUAGGAAAAAUACAUAAAUUAAAAGGUACAGCGCUAGUUAUACCAGGUAUACUGAUCUCUGUGAAGCUGCUAGUAUUGCCUCUAGUCAUAAGAGAGUCUAUUAUUCUCUUGAAUGCCGGUGAUAAUGUCACGGAAACGAGAAAUUUGAGCACAUACGGCUUCCUGUAUGGUACUAUCCCGACAGCGCCGGCUCUAUUUAUUUUCACUUUACGAUACAAUACCGAGAUUGACUUAAUUGCAUCAGCUAUGGUAGCUUGUACGUUUCUCUCUGCUCCACUUAUGUUUGUAUCAGCUAAAGUGAUCAAUGCAGUUUCUGCUGGAAUUACACCAGCUAGUUAUGCACAGCAACUUAAUAACUUUUCCUUUGAUAUAAGCGUUGCAUCAGCAGCAGCUUGUAUAUGGUUGUUGAUAUGCUUCCUUGGAUUUGGACGAAAAAGAUAUAAUAAAGUCACUCACCGAUGCACUUUGUGCAUCGUAAUUGCACAGUUUGCAAUAGCAAUAGGUGUGAUAAUAUGGUCAAAACUUGACUCAGAUAGUAAUCAGAUAUUAUGGUACAUCCAAUUUAUUUUAAUAACUACUGGUGUAUAUGCAAGUAGGAUAUGGACAGCUGCAAUUGCAGCAACAUUACUAUUCCUGAGUUCACGCUCAUUAUCUUUUGUUGAAAAUCUACAAAAAUGGUUUUAUCUUUUUGGAUGGGGAGUGCCACUUCUAAUGGUGACAUUAAUAUGCAUCACUGUUAGAUUAAAUCCGUCUGAUCUUGAUUUAAAAAAUCCAAAUUUUCAAUUGGGCAGGAUUCAAGCCGCUAUAUCUUCAUUUGUAUUAAUAUUUUGCUUUAUAGUGACAUUAGGUUGUUUGAUCUUACAACAAAGAUAUCAAAGAAUGCAUAAUAUGAUGUCAUAUGAGCAUUUAAGGAACAAUGUACAAAAUUCUACAACCGAAAAUAAUGAAAGAACCAUAGUAGAUGUGGAAGAUUUAGUGUCUCCAUUAAUUAAUUCAACAUCUAUAAUUGGUUGUGAAUUUCAAAAUGGUUGUUCGAAUGAAGCGUGUAGAGCUAAUGGAGAUGGCUGUGAGGAAGAAAAUGGGACAAACGCAGAUGAUGAUCCUCAGAUUUUGCGACAUGCGGUUUUUCUAAUUCUGCUGUUAUGUUCCAUGUUUAUAGGCUUAUCGAUAUCCGUGGGAACAUUAAUAAUGGAACAGUUAACUGGCAUUUAUGCCGAGCUUGCAUUCUUAGAUGUGACUUUGAACUUUGGACAAUCAUUAAUAGCGUUCGCAAUUUUUGGAUUAGAUCCUAGUUUGGGUAAAUUAGGAUGUUGGCUUCGAAAAAUGUGCAGAAAAUGGCAAUCUGGAAAAGAAUUACAACUUCCUUGUGAGGAAGCUCUCAGUUCAGAAGUAAAAGAGAUUCGAGAACAAUUUAGUCGAUGUCAUUUAGAUGCCUGUCGAGCACGCAUAUCUAUGUGCCGUAGGCGAUUAUUGAGGGUAUACAGAGGAGUCUUUUCGGGAACAGAUUUGGUCAACUGGUUGCUCGAAGUUGGCAUUGUUGAUAACCGAGAAGAUGCUGUGCGUUAUGGUCGCUGUUUGUUGGAGAGUAGGGUUCUGCAACAUGUUGAUGGUACACGUCAUUUUUAUGACGAGAAUCUUCUAUAUACGUUUAACGCAUAAUUCAAUUUUCGAAUA